UUUUCUAAAUUUUGCCAUUCUGUCAUUCCGUGUAUAAAAGAGAAAAAGAGAAAAAAAAAAAAAUUUAUUACAAAAUUCGUAAAUCAGAACUAUUUUAGAUGAUUGAAAAUUCAAAAGAGGGGCUAGACUUUUAGGCAUAUAAUUAGAUGCCCACCCACAAAGAAAGUAGUGUCUGGCAACUCACAAAGAAACUGGUGUCUGUUACUCACAAUGCUAGAAGGAACUCCAAUGGCUCUCCUUCAAUGGCUGAAGGAAGGCAUCCUACCCUCAUUAAUUUUAGCCUCACCUUUUCUGGUAGUCAUAUUGAAUUUUCUCUUGAAGGGAACCUCAAGGAAAACAAUGUCCAAUCUCCCUCCCAGUCCUUUAAAGCUACCUAUCAUCGGCCACCUUCACCAGCUAGGCAACAUGCCGCACCUAUCUCUAUACCGCCUAGCUGAGAAACUUGGGCCCAUCAUCCACUUGCAACUUGGUGAGAUUCCAACAGUUGUGGUUUCCUCAGCUAGAAUGGCGAAGGAAGUGUUAAAAACCCAUGAUCUUGCACUUUCAAGCCGUCCUGAGAUCUUUUCAGCCAAACAUCUUUUCUAUAAUUGCACUGAUGUUGUCUUCUCCCCAUAUGGAGCUUACUGGAGGCAAAUACGGAAAAUCUGCAUACUUGAGCUACUAAGUGCCAAGCGUGUCCAAUCUUACAGCUUUGUAAGAAAAGAAGAAGUUGCACGUCUGGUUCAUCGGGUUGCAGAAUCAUAUCCUGGCAACACCAAUUUAACCAAGAUGCUUGGACUAUACGCAAAUGAUGUCCUCUGUCAUAUGGCAUUUGGAAGGGAUUUCUCAGCAGGAGGGGACUAUGAUCGACUUGGGUUCCAAAAGAUGCUUGAAGAGUAUCAGGAGUUGCUAGGAGGAUUCAGCAUUGGAGAUUUCUUCCCUUCCAUGGAAUUUAUGCACACCUUAACCGGCAUGAAAUCAAGACUUCAGAACACCUUUAGACGUUUCGACCAGUUCUUUGAUGAGAUUAUAAAGGAACAUCUAAAUCCCGAGAAAAAAAAGGAAGACAACAUAGAUCUUGUGGAUGUCUUACUAGAAAGACACAGUGAAGCCACCGAAAUGCCUCUCACUAUGGACAAUAUUAAAGCCAUCAUCUUGGACAUGUUUGCCGCAGGAACUGAUACAACCUUCAUAACCUUAGAUUGGGGGAUGACAGAGCUCAUCAUGAAUCCCAAAGUCAUGGAAAGAGCACAAGCUGAAGUAAGAAGAGUUGUCGGAGAAAAAAGAUUUGUGUUAGAGAGUGACCUGCCUCAGCUGCACUACACAAAAGCUGUUGUCAAAGAGAUCUUCCGCUUACAUCCUCCCGCACCAGUAUUAGUCCCAAGAGAAUCCAUGGAAGAUAUAACCAUUGAUGGGUACAAUAUUCCUGCCAAAACAAGGUUUUUUGUCAAUGCCUGGGCAAUAGGGAGAGACCCAGAAUCCUGGGAAAAUCCAGAAACAUUCAAACCAGAGAGAUUCAUGGGAAAAACUAUUGAUUUCAAGGGGCAAGAUUUUGAGCUGAUACCUUUCGGAGCUGGCAGAAGAGGCUGCCCUGCUAUUACAUUCGGAAUGGCAAGUGUUGAGCUAGCACUGACUCAACUUCUCCACAGCUUUGAUUGGGAGCUUCCUCCUGGUAUCCAAAAUAAAAAUUUGGAUAUGACAGAAGUUUUUGGUAUCACAAUGCACAGAAAAUCUCCUCUGAUUGUGGUAGCCAAACCAUGGUUUCCAUAAGAGAAGACUUGUCAACAAAUAAAUCAAAUCAAAAUAAUAUUCAAGCUGUGGCUAUGUUACUUGGAACUCAGGUACUAGUGCUAGUAUGAUCCAAGCGUCGGAUGUGUCAAAUCUUGCUAAAUAUUUAUAUAAUGCAAUAUUUUCUUUUAUUUUCUAGAGUAAAAUAACAGUUUUAUGUAAUAUAGUGUUUAAAAUGGGCAUUUAGCUCACUAUGAAGUAAUAAUCUAAUAAAAUUAAAUUAUUGGAUA